CCGACAGGUGGCAGCGCGAUCUAUCCCACUCAAGUCCGAGGUGCCCGAGUCCCCGAAGGCGGGGUCACGGUGCGAGGAAAUACAGUCCGGGGAGACGGGCACUGCUUCUUAGCAACACGCAUACCCGAAAUACAGACGAGGGAUCCUCCAUGACCAUUAUUCUGCGGAUCUGUGACCCAGACGAGCGUUUUUCAUACUCGCAAAAAUACAACGCUUGGAUCAUAUUUUUUAAAGAAGCGUGUUUCGCUCCGUGCGAAAUGUAGCGAUCGGAAAGCAUUACCCGACAUCGAGGUGUAUUAAGGCAGGGAACGCCUGAGCGGAUGAGAUAAAGAAUAAGGACUUUCUGAGAAAUUUCGACAUCAUCUUAACGGAGAAAAACGGAAACCCAUGUUUAACAUUAAUCUGGCAGUCAAUAAAAGCAGGGGAGGCGAUAUUCUGGUGCUGCGUUGUGAAAAAUAUCAUAAUUGCUGUGGGAAUUACUGGAUGUUCCACUGAAGUUAAGACAAAGAAUUUCUGUUAAUUUCUGUAAGGUGGGAAUAAAGAAAUACGGAUGUAGUUAUUUGGCCGUGUGGUAACCUAUCAGCGUAGGAAACAUUUUAAUGAUAUUGAAAUGCAUUUAAAUGUAGUAUUUAGAUUCGUGCGUGUUUUGUAAAGUUAUACGAACAGAAUAUAGUUUUUCACUGUCCGCCGUUUCAUGAACACAGUAGGCUACAAAAUAUCUUUAAAAUACCCGCUAGAUUUAAAGAGCUAACAUAUAGCUGUGAAUAACUAUGAGUCUACGACUAGGAAGCAGCAUUUUUUAAUUUUUAAUUUUUUUCUUUAUUUACUUCGGGAGAGGGGUUUGCAGGUGCCCCCUCAGUGCAUUAAAACAGCCCGAAUCCACUUUGUUUCGAAAUGAGUUGUUUCUGUGCUACUCAAGAGGAAUUUUACUGUGAGGUUUUACUUUUGGAUGAAACUAAACUGACGUUAACUACUCAGCAACAAGGAAUAAAGAAGUCGACCAAGGGACUGGUCGUCCUGGAGCACGUCUUCAGCCACAUUAACCUGUUGGAGACAGAGUAUUUCGGCCUGAGAUACUGCAACCUGAGCCACCAGACGUACUGGCUGGAUCCUUCGAAAACCCUUGCUGAACAUAAAGAUUUUAUAACAACGGGACCUCCCUACAUCCUCUACUUUGGAGUCAAGUUUUACAUCGAGGAUCCCUGUAAACUAAAGGAAGAAAUAACCAGGUACCAGUUCUUCCUCCAGGUGAAGCAGGACGUGCUGCAGGGCCGCCUGCCAUGUCUAUUCAGCGCUGCCGCGCAGCUGGCCGCUUUAGCCGUGCAGGCCGAGCUGGGCGAUUAUGACCUGUCCAGGCAUGUGCCGGGGUACGUGUCAGAGUACCGCUUUGUGCCGGAUCAGAAACGGGAGCUCGAGGAUGCCGUGGAGCGGAUCCACAAAACCAUAAAGGGACAGGUGCCAUCUGAAGCUGAAUUAAAUUAUUUAAGAAUUGCCAAGACACUUGAAAUGUAUGGUGUUGAUCUACAUCCCGUAUUUGGAGAGAAUCAGUCUGAAUACUUUCUUGGAUUAACACCAGUUGGAGUUGUUGUUUACAAGAACAAAACCCAAGUUGGAAAGUACUUCUGGCCAAGAAUAACAAAAGUACAUUUCAAGGACACUCAGUUUGAGCUGCGUGUCAUGGGGAAAGAUUGUAAUGAGACCUCAUUCUUCUUUGAAGCACCCAGCAAAACAGGUUGUAAGCACCUUUGGAAGUGCUGCGUGGAGCAUCACAUGUUUUUCAGGAUGUCAGAGAAUGAGUCCAACUCCUUGACGAGGAAACUCACCAAGCUCGGCUCUCUUGGAUCAAAGCAUCGCUACAGUGGGAAGACUGCCUUCCAGAUGGGGAAGCAUCAGUCCGUUCAGCUGCCGCGGCCCGACCUGCAGGUCCAGCGGUGCCGCAGUAAGAUGUACCCCAAGCGGGCCACCCCGCUGACAGGACCAAGCAACAUGAAUCUAUCAAAUGGUAAUACUGAAAGUGGAGAAGGUCAAGAAACAAGAAAUAGAACUGAUGACUCUUCGGCAGUAAAAAGUUGCAGAGCAAGUAAAAUAGGGAAUAGUCCAGAAGCACAGUCAAGAGCCCCCAGUGCACCUUGGGAAGAAAACUCGAUGCAGAGCUUGUACAACUCUGCCAGUGAAAGAAACAAAUCGUCAAAAUUCCCGGCGGUGAAGCGACAUACUGCAUCUGGUGGGAGCGAGAACGAGCCAUCUCAGCCAGGCAGACGCAGGAAGGGCCAUUCUCAGGAGAAUCCUCAGCAGCAGAAGAGAAGGUCACGUUCCCGUGGCUACACCAGCAGUGGCAGCGAGUCCGAAAGCUCCAGCAGGGACCAUCGGAAAAAGAACAGGUCACGACAGGAAAAUGAGAUGGUGGAUUCUGGUCCUCAGUGGGAAGCUGUGCUUCGCCGACAGAAGGAGAGAUCGCAGAACGACCCCAGCCACCGCAGAUCCAGGCACCGCUCACGAUCGAGAAGCCCUGAUGUCCAUGCAAAAGAGCAGCUGUGGAAGCACAUUCAGAAAGAGUAUGUGGAUCCCUCUGGCCUUACAGAAGAACAGCUGAAAGAAAUCCCCUACAAGAAGGUCGAAACUCAAGGUGAUCCGAUCCGCAUCCGUCAUUCACAUUCUCCCAGAAGCUUCCGCCAGUACAGGAGAUCGCAGUGUUCUGAUGGGGAAAGAUCCGUGCUCUCAGAAGUCAAUUCCCAGACGGAUCUGGUGGCCCCCCUGCCGGUGACUCGCACGGCCGACAUCCCAGGAUCCAGCGUGUUGUCCACUCGGACAGGAGGAGAUUUGUUUGGCUAUGCCUAGAAAACAACGUUGUUACCAGAGUUUUACCAAGGACAAAAAUUCCACCUCCAGCUGCCUGCCCAUCUCAUCCAUUUCUGUUGCAAAAAUUACAGUGUAUUGUGUAAGUGAAUAGGGUAUAGGUUAAUUAGAGUGCACGCACCGUGUUUCUCAUUCUCAUAAUGUGUCCAUGCAUCCAGGUAUAUCCAGUUCAAAUGUCAUGUAAUAAUAAUAAUAAUAGAUUUUAUUUGUAACGCAUUUUACAUUUAAAAUAAAUCUCAAAGUGCCACAAAAUAAGUCAUCCUAAAAAAGUGAAAAAAACACAUAUUAAAACAACAAUUAAAACAAGCAAGUAGAUCAAUAAUUAAGAAACCUGUAGCCUGCAAAAUUAAUAAAAAUCCAUAAGUUCUAUUAAAAAGAAAUGUCUUAAGUCCUUUUUUGAAUAGUCUGUGGUGCCCUCAAAUGGUCUGGGAGGGUGUUCCAUAGUCGAGGGGCGGCAGAACAGAAGGCCCGAUCACCCAUGGUGCUGAGUUUGGUCCUGGGAAAUAGGAGACGAUUUGCAUUUGUAGAUCGUCGAGACCGUGUUGAGGUUAGGGGGGUAAGUAGUUCUUUUAAGUAAAGGGGGGCAUUUCCAUGGAUGCAUUGGUGAGUGAUAAGGGAAACCUUGUAUUCAAUCCUUGCAGAAAUGAGAAGCCAGUGCAGUGACUGAAGAAUGGGUGUAAUGUGUUCAUAUUUUCAAACUCUCAUCAGAAUCCUUGCUGCACUGUUUUGUACAUAUUGAAGAUGUUUGUUGGGCAUUCCUAUGAGAAGUGCAUUGCAGUAGUCGAUUCUAGAGGAGAUAAAGGCGUGAACCAGUUUUUCAGCAUCUGGCAAGGUGAGAGUAGGAAAGAGUUUUGCAAUAUUUCUGAGGUGGUGGAAUGAAGUCUUGCAGAGAUGUUUAACAUGAGCUUCAAUAGUAAGUUGAGGAUCAAAUCUAACACCAAGGUUGAUGAGGCAAGGGAAAUGUCAUGACCGGAGACUGUAAUGCUCGGUAUGGAGGCUAACUGAAGCUGAUGCGGGGUACCAACCAAGAUUACUUCAGUUUUAGAGCAGUUUAACUGGAGAAAAUUUUGUUUCAGCCACACACUGAUCUCCUCAAGACAGAUGCUGAGUUUCGAUGGCGGUGAUGGUGAUGGUGAAGAUGAUGCUGCAGAGGAGUAUUUAUCAGUUUUCAUGUAAAGCUGUGUGUCAUCAGCAUAACAGUGAAAUGAAAUUCCAUAGCAACUAAUGGUUUGGCCAAGAGGGAGCAUGUAUAAAGUGAAAAGGAUGGGGCUGAGAACUGACCCCUGGGGGACUCCACAGGUCACAGUGUGUGUCCGGGACCUUGCUUUUCCAAGGAAAAUGUACUCUGUUCUGUCUGUAAGAUAAGAUUGAAACCAAGACCAGGCAGUGUCUGUUAGUCCAAUGGUGUGAUGUAACCGAUUGAGGAGUAUAUCAUGGUCAAUAGUGUCGAAGGCAGCAGAUAAAUCAAGAAGAACUAGUAGAGAAAGUGAGCCAGCAUCAGCAAGUCAUUUGUGACUCUAAUCAAAGCUGUUUCUGUGCUAUGGGCAGAGUGAAAACCAGACUGAAAUUUUUCAAAGAGGUUGUUGUAUUUGAGGUGAUCCUGAAUAUAGAUGGCAACUACUUUCUCCAGUACUUUAGUGAGAAAUGGAAGGUUGGAGAUAGGCCUAUAGUUGGCAAAAACUUCUGGAUCAAGAGUUUUUUGAGAAGUGGUUGGAUUAUAGCGGUUUUUAAAGCAGAUGGAAUGUAGUCAGCCUGGAGGGAUUGGUUAAUGAUUGUGGUGAUAAAAGGAGUGAUGGCAGAGAUGUUUGCUUUCACCAAGGCUGUAGGAAAGGGAUCCAGAGCACAGGUGGAGGGCUUCAUCUUCCUAAUAAUUUCUUCAACCUCUUGUUGUGAAACUUCUAGGAAGCAGUCGAGAGGCUGGGCAAUCUCAGGCCGUGGAUUGAUGGUCAGAACAGAUAGAUCUGGGGGACUUGGAAAGGCCGAGCAAAUUGAGUUGAUUUUUGCUUUGAAGAAGGUCAUAAAAUCAUUACAGCGCUCUAUAGGAGUUUCUGGUUGGAGAAGUUGAUUUACAGUGGAGAACAGCUGCUUAGAAUUUCCAUGGAUGUUUUUAAUGACAUUUGAAUAAAACUGAGACCGUGCCUCUCUAAGGGACUUUGAGUAUGCCUUUUGAUGUUCCCAAAAGGCCAGCUUGUGGACAGUGAGACCAGUAGUAUUGUGACGCUGCUCAAGGGCACGCCCAGCUACCUUCAUUUUUCGUAGCUCAUUCGUAAACCAGGGUGCUGAGCGAGAGAAUGUAACUGCUCUGGAUUUGACAGGGGCAUGGAGAUCCAAUAUACUGCUCAGGGUGUUACGAGCCCCAGUCUAGGGUUGGGGUGUAACAGAAUGGAAGGGAAAGGGAAAGGGGAAUAAGGGAAACACAGGGUGUGGUGCACAAGGGAACACACAUGGACAAAGGGGUAUUUUUUUGUAUUUUUCUGAUUUUAUUUACACGCGAACAAAUAAACCCGGUGCAAAAGGACUCAGGAGUGAUUAUAGCCAAAAUAACAAACAGAAAACCCAGCCUCUGAACGCAACCCAAAUCUGACUUAACUACGUGCAAGAGACAUCAAAGAACAAAAACAACAAGUACUACAUCUCACUCCCUAACUAAACAACAGCAUGCACGAAAACCUCCAAAAUAAAUAUGGCAACCACUCCCUACACACCUAACAAACACACAGAACAUACACAGGGCAAAGCUUCAGAAUCCGAGGGGCGCGCGAAGACAUAAACCAAAAACCAGGCAAGAGAUCGAAACCAAAAAGCAAACAAACCAAGGCAGAAGUACAGAAAGGGGCAAAGCGAGUAAUCGUAAACCAUUAAACCGAAACUGUCAUACACAAUAGUCAAAUCAAAGAAAGCAAACCAACAGUAAUCCAAAAAUGAGGCAACCUUAUGGUCAGACACACUAAAAUCAUAUAUUAAUAAAUUGCUGACAAGGGCAGAGUUGCUAAUGACCAAAUCGAGCGUGUGCCCCCUAGUAUGCGUGGGGACAUACUAGGGGGCAUAUAGCCUAACUUUUUAUACAAUUUAGACAGCACAGAAUCAUUAACCUACUUUAACGCAUUUAUUUAUACAACCACAUACUUCCCACAUUUUGACAUCAGUGAUGCAGUGAAG